GUUAUUCCUCGGAAAACAAAAACCAGGGCACAAGGACGUAGAAAAAGAAGAAGAAGCUGAGGAGUUAAAAUAACCAAAAAAGUUAAAAAAAGAAAAAAAAAGAAAAAAGAAAAUGAGGUUGAACUUCGAUCUUCAUGAAACGAAACCGGACCACCGGACAAGCCGGUCGUCGUCCUCCACUCCAAAAGACGAUGUGGAAUGGAUUCCUCUUCAGAACCACCCGGUCUUCGCUUCCGCCGCCACUCCGGUCCAGGACUCCACCAUCACCGCCUCGGCUCCGGUGACCAGAAGUCUCUUGGCCUGGGAUGGAGCUUCCCGCCUUUACUUCUGGGACUCCAACAAACUAUGCCUCCAUCGGAUCUCUAUUCGGCUUGGAGACCCCGACCCCACUUCCGUCCUCGCCGCAUUUCCCUCUAAGGUUUUGCAAGCAGAUGUGCAGCUAGACUUUGUCGUUCACAAAAUAUCUAUCAAUAGGAAUGGAUCAGCAUUAUUCCUUUCGGGUUCAGAUGGUCUAUGUAUUAUGUAUCUCUAUGGGCGUGCUUCUUCUAAACACAAUACCAUGAUUUGCAGGACUGUCAAUGUUGGUUCAAAAAUCUACUUCGACGGCAACAACUUUAUACGUGUCCUUCAAGUUUUAUGGCAUCCUUACAGCGAUACCCAUUUAGGAAUUCUUUCUUCUGAUUCAGUUUUCAGACUCUUUGAUUUGUCUUCAGAUGUCAUUCAACCAGAGCAAGAAUAUUAUCUACAACCUGUGGAACCAGGUAGAUGCAGCAAUGCUACCUCAAUUUGUCCUGUUGAUUUUUCAUUUGGAGGUGACCACUUAUGGGACAGGUUUACUGUCUUUAUUUUGUUCAGUGAUGGUUCAGUUUACAUCCUUUGCCCUGUUGUUCCAUUUGGAAGUAUUUACAGAUGGGAGUCUGUAAUGGAGAUAUACAGUGAUGCGCAUGCAUUCGGGCUGAAAUCAUCCAAUCCAACAGCUGUUGGUAAUUCUAAUCUGGCAAUUUCAUGGUUGGAAGCAACAUUUCCAGAGUUAGUGGACCAAGCAUUGGAAGGGGCUGAUCUAUCUUCAGUACGAGCUCGUCCUUAUGCGUUAUUUGAUGCAUCACUUUACUUGCAGGGCCCCUUGAAAAAAGCAUGUCAAGGUGAGGAUGAAGAUGGAAGUUUUGGUGGUGCAGAGUGUGAAGGCCGAGCUGUCAGUUUUCUUUACAAUGUAGUAAGCAAAGACUCAAUUAUGGUGACUGCUUGGAGUGGCGGGCAGUUACAAGUAGAUGCCUUGGCUGAUGAAAUCCAGCCAAUUUGGAAUGUUGGUAGCCCCCCUCGCCUACGUGUUGACUCUUACGACCAGAUUCUUGGUCUUGCUAUGAUUUGUGAAUCAAUUCAGAGUAAUCAUUCAAUUGUGAAGUUCGAUCAACCACUUGAAAAUACUGUUUGGUUGGGGCAUCCUCCUCCCUUAUUGAGGCUGGCUAUUGUGGACCUAGCUCUUCCAAUUAAAGGUGAAAGUGGUUCCCUUAUUACAAUGUUUGUAGAUCCUCUUAUGCCAGAAAGAAUUUACGCCCUUCAUGAUGGAGGGAUUGAUUCAAUUGUGUUGCAUUUUCUCCCAUUUACAAGUCAGAUCGGUGGCAAGAAUGAUACUAUGAAAACUCCCUCUGUUCAUCCUGUUUUAAGUACAUGCCAAGGAGAAGUAUCAUCACCAUCUCCACUUUAUGGCUUUGUGUCACUAUCGGAUUCAUUUGGAUAUUCAUGGAUUGUUGGAGUCACUAUAUCUCAAGAAUGUUUUGUGCUAGAGAUGAAAACAUGGGAUCUGUUACUUCCUAUUCAUGUUGAUACAGUGAGCAGGCCGAUUCACAUGGAAGAACUGAAAGAGAGAGAGAUGCCAGAUAUCAUAAGCAAAGAACUGCUAAGUGGGCCUAAGGUGGUUCUUGCUCCUCAGACCUCACCAAAUCUGCGUUCUGUUAGUGCUGAUUCUAUAGAAGGUCGAUCCACACUUCAUCAGUACUUCAAGCUUUUCCAUGAAAAUUAUGUGGAGUAUGCACAUAAGGUGCACUUUGAGCUCAUGUACCAUGGACCUCACUUGAAGAGAAUCAUUGAUGAGCAGCAUGCUCGUUUAGGUGAGGCUGAACAGAAGCUUCUGAGAGUUGAGGGGAUAAAUUCAAAGCUGAAGGAGAGGAUUGAUCAUGUAAUUAAGCAGCACGGUGUCUUGGAAGAGCGCUUGAAACGUCUGCAGAACUUGCCUGGGGCUCACAAGAAACCACUGUCCAGAGCUGAGAGAGAGUUCAAGUCUGAGCUUGACCAGUUUAGAGGAGUUGAGUUGGAUGCUUUGCGUUCUUCAAUUACUGCUUUAACUGCAAGAUUGAGAAAGCACAUGCCGUCUCCCGAGGGCAAUGAAUCAAAGCUACAAACUCUUAUAUCUGGGAGGAAAAAUUAUGUGCAAGAUUCUCAAAUCUCGCAGCUGAAAUCCUCACUCGAGAAGCUUUCACUUGUUAACACUGAGAAUACAAAGAAGGUUAAGCUUGUUGAAACUGCACUUAUUAACACUGAGAAUACAAAGAAGGUUAAGCUAUUUGAAACUGCACUAAAGGACCGAGAAAGCAGCAGAUGAUAACUACCUCUGUUCUGAAUCUAUGAUUGAACCAUGCAUGCCAGUUCCGUAUCUCGCCUUCUGGGUCUAUGCCAUUGUCUUCCUCUCUCUUGGAGAUUUGCACGUUGGGCAGUGAGGCUCCAAAAGUUACUAGCUCUAAUGUAAGCUCUUACAAGGUGAAUUUGAUGCCACUACAGAUGGAUUUAUGCUUGUCGAAAUUGAGAGCUUCUUGACCGUACAGCGUUGUACCAGUCAGGAUCUUCCAAUGAGUUUUCUGUUUCUUCUAAAGGGAUUUCUUUGCAAGAUGGAAAUGGCGAGGUUUCAGACAGUUAGAAGGGUUUUUAAGUACUGUAUUAUCUACUGGGAACGCACUCUACCCACAUAUUAACACUGUGACACAAUAUUUGACAGCAUUUUGGUUUUCAUGCAAGCUAAGUUACAUCAAUUUGAAAGAUUCUAGACCUUGAAUUA